CGAGCGCCGGGGAGGGGGCCGGGAGCGAGGGGCAGCUCGGGAGAGCCGGAGCGGUAGCGGCGGCGGCGGCGGCGAGGCUCGGCGCCUUCUUCCCUGCAAACCAUGUUUGCCAAAGGCAAAGGCUCGGCGGUGCCCUCGGACGGGCAGGCUCGGGAAAAGUUAGCUUUAUACGUCUAUGAAUAUUUACUGCACGUUGGAGCACAGAAAUCUGCACAGACCUUCUUAUCAGAGAUUCGAUGGGAAAAAAACAUCACAUUGGGAGAACCGCCUGGGUUUUUGCAUUCGUGGUGGUGCGUAUUUUGGGACCUUUACUGUGCAGCUCCUGAAAGGAGAGACACUUGUGAACAUUCAAGUGAAGCAAAAGCCUUUCAUGAUUACAGUGCAGCAGCUGCCCCGAGCCCUGUGCUUGGCAACAUUCCCCCCAAUGAUGGGAUGCCCGGAGGCCCCAUCCCACCAGGUUUCUUUCAGGGUCCUCCGGGGUCACAGCCCUCGCCGCACGCACAGCCUCCACCUCACAAUCCUAGCAGCAUGAUGGGACCCCACAGUCAGCCUUUUAUGUCACCGCGAUACGCAGGCGGCCCCCGGCCCCCGAUCAGAAUGGGAAACCAGCCUCCAGGAGGAGUUCCUGGGACACAGCCAUUGCUGCCCAAUUCCAUGGAUCCCACACGACAACAAGGCCACCCCAACAUGGGAGGAUCAAUGCAGAGAAUGAACCCUCCCCGAGGCAUGGGGCCCAUGGGUCCUGGCCCACAGAAUUACGGCAGCGGCAUGAGACCACCACCCAACUCCCUCGGCCCCGCCAUGCCCGGGAUUAACAUGGGCCCGGGAGCUGGCAGACCCUGGCCCAAUCCUAACAGUGCUAACUCAAUUCCAUACUCCUCCUCAUCACCCGGUACCUAUGUGGGACCCCCUGGUGGUGGCGGCCCCCCCGGAACACCCAUCAUGCCUAGUCCUGCAGAUUCAACAAAUUCCAGUGACAACAUCUACACAAUGAUUAAUCCGGUGCCGCCUGGAGGCAGCCGGUCCAACUUCCCGAUGGGUCCUGGCUCGGAUGGCCCGAUGGGAGGUAUGGGCGGCAUGGAGCCACACCACAUGAACGGAUCAUUAGGUUCAGGCGACAUAGAUGGACUCCCAAAAAAUUCUCCUAACAACAUAAGUGGCAUUAGCAACCCUCCAGGCACCCCUCGGGACGACGGUGAGCUAGGCGGGAACUUCCUCCACUCCUUCCAGAACGACAACUAUUCUCCAAGCAUGACGAUGAGCGUGUGACCCCCUUCUCCAAGAUGCUGAGAGAGCCGGCAUUGCAGGCAGAAGACGCCAGAAAUUAUGCAAGAAGAAGUGAGGGGUCAUUAUCCAGGAGCUGGGGGAGGGCAUCUCCCCGCUCCCCCUCUACCCCAACCUCCCCUUCCAGUCCCCCCACCUUUCCCAAUUUUAGUUUCAUGCAAUAAAAAGGCUGAACUUUUUAUUCCGUAAAACAUGAAGGACAAAACUCAAAAUAAAAAUAUAUUUCAAGUCAAUGACCAGAAAAUUCCCACCCCUUCCCCUUUCCCAAAAGGACCUUUUCUGUACAUGACACUUAUUUGUUGUUUUUUGUUUGGGGUUUUACCGUUGUUGGGAUUUCUUUUUUAUUUGUUUUCAGGGGGGUUUUGGGGGGGGGAUUUUUUUUAAUGGAAGCUUCUAGCAAGCCCUCCCCCACCCUGCCCCAGUCAAUCUCUUUGCUUUCUUCUUUAAACAAAAGAAAAAAAAGGCAAAAAACAAACAAAAAACCCACAAGCCCUGCUGUCUGUCUGUACCCAAACCCUUCCACCAGGAAAGCUAGUCUAGGUGUGAAGUCUCACACUGUCUUUGUAGCCAUCUAAAAAUAAUAAUAAACUGGACAGUUUACAA